GCGAUGGCAGCCAUCAGGAAGAAGCUGGUGAUCGUGGGAGAUGGUGCUUGCGGAAAGACGUGUCUGCUGAUCGUGUUCAGCAAGGACCAGUUCCCCGAGGUCUACGUGCCCACCGUGUUCGAGAACUACAUUGCUGACAUAGAGGUGGAUGGGAAGCAGGUGGAGCUGGCCCUGUGGGACACGGCGGGACAGGAGGACUACGACAGGCUGCGGCCCCUCUCGUACCCGGACACAGACGUUAUCCUCAUGUGCUUUUCUAUCGACAGCCCGGACAGCCUCGAGAACAUCCCCGAGAAGUGGACGCCAGAGGUGAAGCACUUCUGCCCCAACGUGCCCAUCAUCCUGGUGGGAAACAAGAAGGACCUGCGGAACGACGAGCACACACGGCGGGAGCUGGCGAAGAUGAAGCAGGAGCCGGUGAAGCCAGAGGAGGGGAGGGACAUGGCCAACAGGAUCAAUGCCUUCGGCUACCUCGAGUGCUCGGCCAAGACGAAGGAGGGUGUGCGGGAGGUCUUCGAGAUGGCCACCCGCGCAGGCCUGCAG